CGAGCAAUAUAAUAUAAAAAACAAUUGCAAACUAACAGAAGCAUUCACAAACAGUUAACAUAAUAAGAUUGAACUAGUAACAAAAAGUGUUAAUUUGUGCUCUUGGAAAUGGGUGCUUCAAGAAUAUUACUGGCAACAGCUUUCCUACUCCUUGUUGCUGUAUAUCCCAGUGAGUCAUAUCCUACACUCGAACGGCUGAAACAGAAACUUUUUGGUGGUGGUGGAUAUGGAGGAGGAUAUGGGGGAGCAGGAGGGUAUGGAGGAAGCUACGCUGGUAGUUACGCCGUUGGUCGCCCAGGUGGAGGUUGCCAAAUAUGCAAUCAGCAGCCGGCAUACCCUCAGCAACCUGUGUAUGUAGAACAACCAGUAGUCUACGAACAGCCACGUCCAGUGGUAGUGGAACAACCGCGUCCAGUUGUUGUAGAAAGACCAGUAGUAGUGGAACAACCCCGUCCAGUAGUAGUCGAAAAACCAGUUUACCGACCCAAACAACCAGACACUAUCAUAAUAAUAGAAGAAGAAGUUCAUAAGCCGCGACCACCACCACCACGUCCACAACCAACAUACCACUAUCAUCCAACUUACCAGCCUGUAAGACCAACCUAUCGGCCAGUGCAGCCCACAUAUAAGCCAGUACAACCAACCUAUAUACCAGUACAACCAACAUAUAAACCAGUACAGCCAACAUAUGUUCCAGUACAACCAACGUAUCAUCCUGUCAAGCCGACCUACCAACCAGCUCCGCCCACUUGCAAUACGUGCAAACCAAAUCCAUGCACUACAUGUGGACAAGAUGGUAGCAAUGGAAGCGGUGGUGGAGGAGGAGGCGGUGGUGGUGGAGGAGGCGGUGGAGGCGGUGGAGGUGGUGGCGGUGGCGGAGGAGGCGGAUGGGGAGGGGGAGGAGGUUUUGGUUUUGGAGGCGGCGGCGGAUUAGGUACCAAUUACGGUAAAAAGUGAAGAGAAGUUCUUUAGGAUUAUUGACAUAGGCGUAACCAGGGGGGUUUUGAGGGUUAUAACCCCCCCAUUGGGAUGUACUCUAUACGCUUAACACCAUAGCCCUCAGAGACCUUCCAGUAGUUGUAACCCCCCCCCCCCCCGUAUUCUGGUUACGCCAUUGGGAAAGACUUUUGUGAUAAUUGUAUAAAAAUAUGUUUAACUGACCUUGUGUAAAUUUGUCCCCUACUAAGAAUUAUAUUUGUUGUUAUUUUUAUAUAAAAUGAGAUAUUAUAAUACACAUACAUAUAAUCUA